AUGGCCAUCUCGUCGAGACUACAGGUCGAGCCCCUCCAGGCACCAGAGUCGUCUGGUGUCAACUUUGGAGCAGUCGUCCCCAACGCCAAUCUUGAGAACCUGACGGAUGCCGACUUCGAGGUUAUCCGCGAGGCCCUCUACACCCACCAAGUCGUCGUGUUCAAGAACCAGCAAGGUCUCUCGCCAAAGGCCCAGUUCGAGCUGACCCGCCGCUUUGACCCGUCGGCGACCUCGUACGGCCACGGUAAGACGCUCGACGCCAAGCGCAGCAUCCUCCACCCAGACCUCAAGACCAUCCCCCACCAGCCGCAGGUCCAGGUCAUCGGCCACGGCUUCGUCGCCGAGCACGAGGGCCUGACCAAUAUCCAGCUGCGCCACCCGCACCACAAGACAUUCCAUGCCACCGCCAUCCCCGAGGACCUCGACCGCGACCACACCCGCUUCUACCGCUGGCACAUCGACGCUGCUCUCUACGGUGAGCUCGCGCCGCCCCUCGUGACCACGCUUCUGGCCGCCAGCGUCCCCGGCGGUGGCCGCCGCCAGACAUGCCACUACGACGACGACAUGUCGAGCGACGACGACAGUCUCGACACUCUCGACGUGGCCCUCGGCACCACCGCUUUCGCAUCCGGCUACACGACCUACGACCAGCUGUCUCCGGAGGACCAGCUCUACGCGCGCACGACCAAGGUCGAGUACGCCGAGCACCCAUACAUCUGGAUGAGCUCGGCUAAGUCGCGCGCCGACGGCCUGGGCCUGGUCUCCCAAGGGCUCGAGCUGGCUCCGGAGCAGCUCCCGCCCUCGGACCCUUCGCAGAUCCAGACCCUGCCCAUGUGCUGGAAGAACCCGCUCACGGGAAAGCUCGCGCUGCAGAUCCACCCGUCCGCCGUGCGCAGGCUGCACCUCGCCGACGGCACCGUGGUCGACGACCUCGCCGAGGUCCGCGACAUCUGCCACCGCCUGCAGCGCCCGGGCAUCGCGCCCAGGAAUGUGUACGCUCACGACUGGCAGGUUGGCGAUCUUGUGCUGUUCCACAACCGCGGCGUGCUGCACAGUGUCGUGGGGGCUUUUGCCGAGGGCGAGGUUCGGUUGUUCCAUCAGUGCAAUGUUGCUGCUAGUCAUUUCCCCGUGGGGCCGGAUAGCGAAGUGGAUGCGGCAGGAAAUUAG